CUACGCUAGUACGACAAAAUGGCUGCUCCGUUCGUCCGAAAUUGUUACAAUUGUGGGAUGCCUGGUUACAUAUCGAGGGAAUGCCCUCAGCCUCGAAGGACACCGUUGACUGGUGUGAAUGCAACCGUUGUUAAUGCUCCUCUCCUCACGCUUCCGGCGACGGCAACUGCGGCAACGGCGUAUGUUCCACCUGCGCUGACGAUGGCAUAUGCUCCGCCACCAAUGGCUCCGGCAUAUGCCUCUGAGGCUGCGGGCUACAGUCAGAGAACGGGGUACUGGAGGCAAACUUUGGACAGGUGCGCUGCCUUUGCGGAUAAUGCCGAAGCUGGGAGAGCAAGGGUGAAGGAGGAAAAAGAGAAAGAAAAGAAGACGAAGGAGGAACAAAAAGAGAGAAAAAAGUUUGAGAGGCGAAUUGGGGAGAAGAUCGACAGCAAGUUUGCCACGAUGUGUGGUGGGGGGCCAGUAGCAACGGUGGUUGGCAAGACUAGUUGUCAAUCAAGGGAGGAUGAUGAUUUGUCGAGGCUACGAAGAGAAAAUGAGGAAUACAGGAAGAAAUCGUCGAAAGAGAACGAGCUCAAGAUGGGGAGAGACGUGGAUCAUGAAAUUUUGUUUGGCCUAAAGUCGGAGAUUAGUCUGCUAAGGAAGGAGAAACAACAGUCUAUGGAAGAGACGCAAAUAUGGAGGAACGAGGCUUUGAGACCUGACAAUAAGCGUGGAACUAUCUCAUUGACGACUCUAGAAUGCUGCGAUCGAGAAAGAACAAGACAACGCGUGGUGGAAUCACCGAGCAAGGAUUUAAGAGAGGAAAUCAAGAAGAUGCGGGAUACGGAGUAUUGCACAUUAAGAGGGGUUGAAGCGCUCAAACAGAAGAAAGCGGACGCAAAAGCAAAGGAGAUUGAGGUGGAAAGAAGAAAGCGAGAGGCGAAAGUCGAGGUGACUAAGCUGAAAGAGCAGGUGGACAAACUCACAACUGAGGUUGUCGUAGUACCAACUGGAGGUACUAAUUUGAAAGAGAAGUUGGAGGAGGUGGCUGCAAGUGGGCAAAAGACAGUGAGACGAGGGAGACCAAGGUUGAAGUCGGGACGAACGCCGAGAAGAGAGAAUUGGGCAGAGCAUGCUAAUGAACACUUCGUUUUUUUGCAGGAAGAACGCAGGAAAUUGCGGGCAUUGAAGAAAUUUGGGUUGGAAGCAAUCUGUUUGCAGGAAGGAAUUAAAUACAUCAUGAUUGAAGCAACGGCGAAUGCGUUAGUCGAGAUGACGGCUAACACACGAUUUGGGAAACAAGGUGAUGCGACGGGAGGAAAAGGAAAGGAACCCUUGAGUAGUCGGGAGGUUGAGAAGGACGGUGUGGAGGUCGAGGACGUUCCCUCCGAUUUUGCUUGAGGGGGCGUCCCGGACACGGCAAACUGUUGGAAGGAGGUUAACUUAUUGAGGUUCUCUUCAACGGAGGAAGUGAGAAGAAGUGUGAGCAAGGGAGUGUAUCACCAGAAGGUUUUAUCAUUAAUUUUGCUCGGUGAAAUUCCAUGGGCAGACAAAUUGCGAGAUUAUUUACAAAAGGUGAAAGAAGAGGGUGUUGAUUUGGUCAAAUGCAAAGAGCUUAUGGUUUAUGUAUUGGUUUCACCAUGGACGAAACAUCUGUAUGUGGGUGCAACAUCUCGAUCUCUAGAUGUUCGAUGGAAGGAGCACGUCUUUCGGAUAAAGAACCAACAAGUCG